UUUUGAAUCUCCCGAGCAUGCCAUAUUUUGUAAUAUUGAUCAACCGUUUUCAUCUGGCAACCGAAAUAAACAACAUGGCCGGAGCCGACGAACAGAAAGAAAAUACAGACUCCUUGCUGGCUGACAUCCAAAAAAGAAUAACAGAUGCGUUUGAUAUUUUUGACAAUGAAAAUAACAAAACAGUUGAUGUCAGGGAAGUAGGAACAAUCAUCCGGUCAUUAGGAUGCUGCCCAAGUGAGACAGAGCUCCAUGACAUGCUUGCAGAGAUUGAAGAAGAGGAGCCAACAGGAUAUAUUCGUUUUGAGAAGUUUUUGCCAAUGAUGACGAAAGUCUUAAUGGAGAGAAGAUACAAACCUCUACCGGAGGAUCAGCUGUUGAAGGCUUUCCAAGUCCUGGACCACGACAACAAGGGUCAUCUAACACAAGAGGACCUGGCCAAGUACAUGUCAGAGGAUGGAGAACCUUUCCAGCAAGAGGAAAUGGAGGAAAUGUUAUCUGCUGCUGUUGAUCCCGAAAAAGGAUGUAUUUUAUAUAAGGAAUAUGUGUCUCGAAUGACAAUAGAGGAGGUGUAACAUUAUCGACAAGACACUGUACAUAUAUUGACUUCAUACCUAAAUUACCAUUGAAAUAUUUCGUUUGUUUCUAUCGCACAUAAAGCUGGUGUAUACUGUCUUAUUGUGUCUAUCAUUAUUCUCAGAGAUUGUCAUAAGAAAGGUCUCGCACAAUUACCUGGAUUAUUCAGGUAUGGAACAAUGUCAACGGUCGAACAGAGAUGGCCCCAGGCCAUGUAAGAUUUGGAACGUACAGUCAUUUGUCAUGUUUGUUGUUUUGUACUUGUAAGCACACUUAAUUAUUGACAACAUAUUGGGUCAUUAAUUUUUGAAGUAUUUUUGUACAACAAAUCUGCUAAAAUCCUUUAGAAUUCUGCUUGAUGUUGCUAUCCGUUUGAAGUAACAGACGCAUUCAAUUUUCAGGGUGGUUACACAUAGCCACUGUAUGUAAACAUGUGUCGAUUGAUGCAAAGUUGGUUUUAUAGGUUGCAUGCUUAUAACAAUUUCGUCAUAAAAUGUCAUUCCGAUACGGUUUUGAUUUUGAAAAACAGAUUGUAAUGUGGUAUAUAUAGUGAAUCAACAAUUAAUUCCGAAUUAUUUACUGAAUGCUUACGUUUUCUCCAUUUGUACAAGAUAUUGCAAAUGAAGAUGCUCUGCAAAGUAUAAAGUAUCAGUCUGAUUAAAAUUAGAUUGAUAACCCACGAAUAGGAAGAGGGGCCCGGGGCUAGAUGUACAUCCAACCAGUAAUCUAUUCGAUACACUCUGUAUCGAUAGGCAGAACGUCCCGGAUCGAGUGACAUAUGCAAUAAACAAUUUCCUUACAUCGUCGUACAUGUUGCGACACGUUUAAUACGUACAUUAUUUGUGUAUUAAGUAAUACUUAAGUAUUUAUUAUAUUGUAUAUUUCCAAACUGAUGAAUCUUAUAGAAGAUAACGCAUGAACAUGCUGCUUGUUUUAUUAUGGCACUUUUUGGAAGUGUUCUUUUUUAACUACUGAACUAAGAUGUGAAAAGGACAUUAAUUACACAGACUAACGAUUCGAAACAAUUUCUUAUCUUUGUUGAAUAUGUAUUUUUAUUUUCAAUAGAACACAUUAAUUUUUUUAACAUUUGAAUUUGACUGAAUAUAGCAAAACUUUCUGUACGUGUUAAUCAAAUAUGAAAAAUAAAUCCGGUAUUUUGAA